GAUUUUGUUCCCCUUCUCCCAUUUGUCACCCUCGCUGACUCCUCUCUCUCUCUCUCUCUCUCUCUGUCGUCCUCAUCAAUUGUGCUAAUGUCCUCGUCUACUAAGUCACUCCCGUCCCUCCACCUCUUCCACUCUCCUCCCCACAAUCCCCUCAAAACCCUAGAAACCCACCCUAGGGUCCUUGCAAUGGCUUCCUAGCUAAGAUUCUUGAAUAUUCUUGAUUUUGUUGAGCUCGUCGGGGCAUGGCGUCGCUGGAGGAGCUUCUUGCGAAGGAAGGGUUCAAGAAGGGGAAGGCGAAGCAGGGGCUGAGGGGAUCGGCCGCGCCGAGGGCGGUGAGUAUGCCUCUUUACCCCGAUCGCGGUCAGAAUCUUUUGGAUCGUAAUACGGAGUCUAGGUUUCAGAAGAAUAGGGCAAGAUCUGGUGCCUUUGAUAGGGGGACGCGAUCCGGUUGGUCGGAGAAUGGAGGAGGUAGAGGCGGGAGGCAGAAGUAUGGCCCGGUGCGAGGGGAGAGCUCCGUUGAUAGCUACGAUGAGGAAUUCCUCGAGAUUGAGGGUUUUGAAACUGGCGGAUCGAAUCAGUCUCGAGAAGUUAAAAGUUUUAAUGGAAGGUCACGUAAUUCUCGUUUAAAUAGUGUUGACGAGGCAGAGAAGUAUAAAGCCGACACAAUUGUUAAGCCCAAGGUUAGGAUGGGUAGAAACCCUAAGCAAGAAGGUCCUGGAAAUCUUAGAUGCAAGGAGGCCGACUUGCAUGAUACGAUUUGUGAUGAAAAGCUUCAGAAAAGAAAUAUUACAAACAUUCAGAUGCAACCAAGCUUUAAUUAUGACGUUCGGAGUAGAAAGGAUGAUGAACCGACCCUUGAUGAGGCUGCAAUCUGGGCUGUUGUCUCGAUAUUGACUAGUUAUAUAAAGCUAUACUUUAAAGAUGGAAACUUCCGUGCAUCAAUCCGUCACAGCUGUGCUGCUUGCCUAGGCCUUGGUGCAACUAAACAGAAACAACAAAAGGAUCAUAAUGGAGCAGUCGCUGACCUAAAGGAAGCGAUUCAAACUGUUGAAAGAGUAGUUAAAGAUAAUUUGGAUUCGGUUGAAGUUACAAAAGCUUUUAAGAAACUAACUGUUAUCUCGGGAUUGAGUUCAACAGAUAGAAAGGAUGGAUUUGCAUUUGGAAGUCUUGAUUCAUAUCUGGCUGCGUGCGCCCAUCUCUACCUUAGUGUAAUUUAUAAGCUUCAGAAGAAAGAUAAGCUUUCGGCUAAGCAUCUUCUUCAGGUCUUUUGUAGUUCACCGUACCAGGCGCGGACUAAUCUUCUCCCGGCCUUGUGGGACCGUCUUUUCCUUCCUAAUCUAUCUCAUUUAAAGUCAUGGUAUGAGGAAGAAGUCAAGUCUAUAGCACAAUCACCCAUGGGAGAGAAGAAGACAAAGCUUCUCGUCAAAAUGUACAAUGAUGUAUUGGACAAGGGUACUCAUGCUUUUGCUACUUAUUACAAAGAGUGGCUUAUAGAGGAGACUGAAGCUCCAGCACUUCCGUCUAUUCAUGUCCCUUUUACAUCUUAUCAUGGAAUUUCACAAGAGUCAAAUGUUCCCACUGAUUCUGAUGAAGGUUGUAGUCCUGGCAGUUCUGUUACCACUCAGCUGACGAUAAGCAAUAGCUUGUAUCUAUCUUCUUCGAGCCAAUCAAAGAAUUCGGAUGCAGCUGAUAGAAUAGAAAGUAAAGAUGAAGAGGAGGAGAUUGAUGAAGAGCAACUAACCAUUCAUUCCGACAAUCUCAAUCAAUACUAUGAGGAAACCAGGAUUUCCUCUCAAAAGUUCGGGAUUCAAAACCGUAUUAUAGGGCAGAUACAAGAACAUCACAACCCUUUCUUGAAGGACAGUUCUAUUGCCACUCAGCUGAUGAUCAGUGAUAGCUUGUAUCUAUCUUCUUCCAGCCAAUCAAAGAAUUUGGAUCCAGCUGAUGCAACAGAAAGUAGAGAUGAGGAAGAGGAGAUUGAUGAAGAGCAAUUAAUCACUCAUUCCAACAACCGCAAUCAAGACUAUGAGGAAACCAAGAUUUCCUCUCGCAAGUUCGGGAUUCAAAACCAUAUAGUAGGACAAACACAAGAAGAUCAUAAACCUUUCGUGAAGGAGCUAAAUUCAUCUAUUAAUGCUGAAGAAAGUGAGCUUUACCUUAAAAAAUUAGCACAGGCAGUUUUCAAACCACAGCUUAGUACUGUAUCUGAGCUGACAAAAACUAGGACAUUUGCUGAGAUUGCUGAUACAGAGGUAUUGGCAGUUAGUUUGAGCGCAGAGUCAUUUACAAAUGACAAAGAUGCUGAUGAAGGGUCCUUUUUCUCUGCUACUCCACAAGAUUUUGUCUGCCCUUUAACAGGGCAGGUCUUUGAAGAUCCUGUGACAUUGGAGACAGGACAAACCUUUGAGCAAGCAGCUAUAAAAGAAUGGUUCAAUCGCGGCAAUACAACAUGCCCAGUUAGUGGGCAGGAACUUGAAUGUUUGUUGGUCCCAGAAACUAAUUUGGUAUUGAAGCACUUGAUUGCUAGUUGGAAAUCCGAACAUUUUAAAAAUCUGCUAGGUAUUGCUGUGCAAAUAGCUGGGUGUGUGAUAACACAAGAUCGUGAAUCAAAAAAUGAGUUAGUUUUGUCCAUAAUAGAGCAACUUCUUGGGGGUUUAAGCUUGGAGGAACAACUUGAAAAUGCAAGACACCUUAUGGCUUUGGGUGGCUUAGAUUUUCUUUUACGCAGGUUUGAAUUAGCAAACGUGGAUGAGAAAACACGCAUAGUUGGACUUCUGUUAUGCUGUAUCAAGGCAGAUGGUUGUUGCAGGAACUACCUGGCGGUGAAACUAAACAGUGUGUGUAUCCUUGAGCUUCUGCACAGUAAGCAGGUCAAUGCACGAACAAACAUAGUGUUGCUGCUGACUGAACUACUCUACCUGAAAAGAAGGGCAACGCUCACAUUGUUCUUAAGUGGUUUGCACACGGAGGCAAUUGUGAAUACAAUGCAUGUCCUGCUUGUGUAUCUUCAUAGUUCCCCACCAGAAGAAAGAGCUCAGGCUGCUGUUCUCCUUUUACACUUUGAUCUGAUGGUAGAUUCCCGUAAGUAUAGCAUAUACAGAGAAGAGGCCAUUAAUAGCAUUACACUAUCACUUAAUGGCUGCUUAUCAGACAAGAAUGUGAUACCAAACUCUCGGAAAGCGCUUCUGAUGUUAGGGGGGCACUUCUCUUCUUCUGGAGAUAUAUUGACAGAGGCUUGGAUGCUGCAACAAGCAGGAUUCAUUGAUGGUCCUAGUGCCGAAUAUAUUGAUAAUGACGAGGAGAUUGAUGAAAGUGUGCUGAACGAAGAAACAUCAGAAAAGGAGAAGUGGCUAAAUAAUGUCACCAUGGCACUUCUUGGUAAUGCAAGGCGAUCGUUCCUUGAGGCUCUCUCCAAAUGUUUAGAUUCUGGGAAUGUGGAGCUAGUAAGGGCAUGCCUGACCACAGUGGCAUGGCUUAGCCAUUCACUUGUAUCACUUUCUACCAGUGAAAUUCAGCUCUUUGCGUUCUCCAUUCUCAUUCCUCGAUUAAAAGAAUGUUUGGGGAACAGCAUGGAAGUAGAGAACAGAGUACUCGCUUGUAUUUCGCUACUCAAUUUCAGCAAUAUUCCAGAGUGCAGGGUCUUGCUAAAGUCAUUGGCAAAGGAGAUGCGCCAUCAUUUGAAGGAGCUCAGAGAACUAACUUGGACGGCGAAGCGGCUUUAUACAACAAUAUUUGGAUGAAUAUAUUUGUAAGCCCCAAAGGUUGCAAAAACCACCUCCCAUUUCUCGCGAGCUUUGAUUCUGCAGGUGUAACAGCUAACUGGAGAAAGUACCGGAUCAGAAAAACUUAAAUAAAUAAAUAAAUAAGUACAACGGGUAAGAUAUAUGAAUAUUUCCUGUACAUUCUAAUGUUGUAGCUUGCCCUGUAGUUUUUAAACUUAAAACCCUUAGUUCUUGAAAACG